CAGGGAGUGCCAGCGGUCAGUAAUGUCCCAGUGCCAUGCAGGAGCUGUUUUAUGACGGUGGAAGCUCAUGACGGUGGCACCCCAUCCUUAACCGGAAGGGCCUACAUCAGCGUUAACCUCAUUGACGAAAACGAUCAUGAACCUAACAUUUCGUUCACUUCACACCCCUGACGACACAAAAUCAUACUCAGCAGUAAACGAGAAUGUGGAAGUUUCUCAUUUGGUGGCCAUCGUCAGUGUUCUUGAUGCUGACCAAGGCUUAAAUGGACAGACUACGCUGCGUAUCAUUCGAGGAAACGAACAGGGACAUUUCAAACUGCUAAAGCGAGGCAGCUUUAACUUAAUUCAGGUGGCAGGGAGGCUGGAUAGAGAACGAACAAGUGUUUACAAUCUCACAUUGCUUGCCACAGAUAAAGGAUCUCCACCAAAAAGUUCCACUGCUUACCUUAUUAUUUAUGUCAAUGACGUGAAUGACCAUGCACCUGAAUUCAGAGAGGCCAGUUACAAACAGACUCUUGGGGAAUUAGUCCAGGAGGGAAGUUUUGUAGCCAGCGUGCUUGCCACAGAUCUGGACAGUGGUGUAAAUGCAGAUGUUACUUAUACAAUACUGUCUGGUGAUGCCAAUGGGUGGUUCAAAAUCGACAGCUCAACCGGAUUGGUCACCACAGCAAAGCGCCUGGACUACGAAACUGCCUCAAGUUUGACACUCAAUAUCUCUGCAGAAGACGGAGCCAUCUCCCCUCACAGAAAUUUCACGACGCUGACCGUUACCAUUGUGGAUGAAAACGACAUGAUUCCCACUUUCAGCGAAUCGGUCAUCAACGUGAACAUUACUGAAGGUACACGUUCCCCAUUUCAUGUCGCUACACCUGUCGCUCAUGACAAUGAUCAAGGUAAUAACGGGACUGUGAGAUAUUACCUGCAUCAAAGUGUGAAGGACAAAUAUCCUGGAGCUUUUCGGCUUGUCGAUGGAACAUCACGCAUUGAAACUCAAAUAACUUUGGACAGAGAAAAGGUGUCUCAUUACACAUUGUUUCUGAUAGCCCAAGACCAAGGUACACCACCAUUGUCUUCCACUGCCACGAUUCGUAUCAGGAUUCUAGACGUUAAUGACAACUCACCUGUAUUUUAUCCUGAGCAAUAUUAUGCCAGAGUGUUGGAGAACCAAGAACCCUCUACUUCAGUCACCAGUAUAAGAUGCACUGACUUGGACGAGGGGGUGAAUGCUGAAGUCAUAUAUGCCAUAUCUAAAGGUGAUAGCCAAAGGUUUUCAAUUAAUCCAAGCACAGGACUGAUAACUACAUCAGUGAAACUGAACAGAGAGCAACGGUCGACAUACAGCCUUACCAUCACGGCCAAAGACAAAGGGGAAGUAAGCCGGACUGCCGAAACAUCAGCCGUCGUCCAUAUAAUAGUGGCAGACCAAAACGACGAAAUUCCUGUCUUCUCUGGCAAACAUUACGCAUUCAGCAUCCAAGAGGAUGGGGAUGGACAGCCAGUACAGACUGGGAAAAAGGUUGGCAAUGUGACGGCCACCACACUGGACACAGUGGGGAUUAUCUAUGAUAUUGUUGACGGGGAUCCUCAAAACAUCUUCACCAUCAACUCCAUGUCUGGUGUAAUCACACGUAGCAAAAAGGUAGAUCGUGAAGUUGAAGCUGUGUACAAUCUUGUAGUCAUCGCAACAGGUGGUAUCAUGUUUAGUUCAACUGUUGUAACUGUCAUGGUGGAGGACCUGAAUGACAACUCCCCAAUCUUCCCUAGUGAAAGUAUGGACGUAAGUGUUUUAGAAAAUGCUGGAAUUGGGUAUGAAGUGGUUUUGGCCAAAGCUACAGAUCAAGAUGAUGGCCCAAACUCACAAAUCAGUUAUACUCUUCAAUCGGAUGCUGGUAAUACGUUUUCAAUCCGUCCUGAAUCGGGAAUUAUCUAUGUAGCAAAACCCCUGGAUGUCUCUGUGAAGAAGGAGUACUCAAUGGUGGUGACUGCCUCUGAUGCUGGAACACCAAGAAAGACGGCAACAAUGGCUGUCCGCAUUCAUGUAGAAGAUGUUAAUGAUCAUACCCCAACAUUCUCCUAUCAGAACUAUGAGGUGUCCCUUCUUGAAUCUCGACCAGUUAAUAACCGGUUUUUUAACCUCACUGCAACUGAUAAUGACUAUGGACGCAACAGUCAAAUUGUGUACAACAUAACACGGGGCAAUGAUGGCGGCAGUUUCGGUAUAUUCCCUAGCGGCGUUCUGUACGUUGCCCAUCCCCUUGACCGAGAGACCAGAGACUUUUAUCGGUUGACAGUAUCUGCUGUAGACCAUGGUGAAAUUCCCCGUAGUUCUUCCAUGAACAUUACUGUGCACAUAUUGGAUGCUAAUGAUAAUAAGCCGUUGUUUUUGAACACCACAUACACUUUGUUUGUGGAAGAGACCAAGCCCGCCAGGACACUGAUAGGAUCUGUUAGCGCCCGAGAUAACGACAUUGGCAGAAACGCUGAAAUUUCCUAUUCUAUGGCAGUCGAAAGUCACAACUUUUCCAUUAACCUGCAGACUGGAGAAAUAUCUACUCUGGUUUCGUUUGACAGGGAAAAACUGAUGGAAUGGUCAGGAAGGGAUUAUGUUACAUUUGACAUUGUGGCUAUGGACAACGGCAUAACAAGAUUGGAAGAUCGUGCCACGGUGAAUGUGUAUGUUACUGAUGUAAACGACAAUGCACCUGUUUUCAGUAAGGCAAUGUACAGUAUACCUCUACAUGAACAGGCCCCUGUGAACAGCCAGGUGUUGAAGGUGAGUGCGAGUGAUGCUGACAUUGGCCUCAACAGCUACAUAUCCUACAGCCUUGUGUCAGGUGAUGGGUUGGAUAAAUUCAGUAUUGAUACGGCCUCAGGUGUGAUUAUCCUUACCAGCCGAAUUGAUCGAGAAACAAAAGACAUGUAUCACCUGACAGUUCUGGCAAGUGACAAUGGGAAGAAACGCCAGAAUAGUGCAACUGCCUUAGUCAGGAUCUCUGUGGUUGACGACAAUGACAACUUCCCCCAGUUUGUGCAAACACUUCUGGAAACCCACCUGAUUGAAACAACUGCACCUGGCAAAGUGAUCACGCAGUUUGUGGCUAGCGACAGCGAUAUUGCCAACAAUGCUGCCAUUUCUUACACAAUCACCAGUGGAAACUCCACAGGGACCUUCAGCCUGGAUUCCACAACUGGUAAACUGUACUUGGACAAGCCUUUGGACUUCGAGUCCCAGCAAACUUUUGCAUUAAAUAUUACAGCGGAAGAUUUCGGAAGUCCAAGACUUUCGUCAUUUAUCAGGUUCAUUGUCAACGUGGAUGAUUAUAAUGAUAAUGCACCUGUAUUUCCUCCUGGCCCUAUUUUGAGGAAGGUGACUGAAGGACCAUCAGUCCAGUCUCCAGUUGUCAAGGUUACGGCCACCGACUCCGACUCUGGUAUCAACGGUCAGUUGCGAUACUCCAUCACAAGCCAGGACCCUGCUGGAGACCAUUUCAGAAUUGACAGUCAGUCUGGUAUGAUUUAUAUAAGCUCUGAAAUAGACCGUGAGUUCUCAGACCAGUUUAAUAUUACAGUUGUGGCCACAGACAUGGCUGAACCCGCGAGGAUUCGAAAAUCCGCUCGAAAGUCAGUUUUGAUAAUUGUCAAUGAUCGCAACGACAACAGUCCCGAGUUUGUGUCCAUGGCUGCAGUGGGCAUUGCGCCUAAUGCACCUGCUAACACCCAGAUUAUGACGGUGUCUGCCAUGGAUGCAGAUGCUGGUCGUAAUGGUGAGGUUCGAUACCGCCUGGUGACCGCUGAUAGAAGUUUGUUUGCGCUGGAUUCCGAGAGUGGGGUGCUGUACCUGAGUUCUGGACUUCCAUCGCAGCCUUUGUUGCACGAGGUCACAGUUCGUGCAGAGGAUCAAGGUGUGCAAGAUUCGCUCGGUCAAAAUCAUUCCAACAUGAAAAUCACUAUCUUUGUACGUUCUAACCUAGCGAAUGGGCCCAAUUUUGACCAGGCUUCUUUUGGAGGUAGUGUUUUUGAAAACAUGGCUGCCAACACAAACAUCCUUACAGUCAGUGCUUCGUCCACAACACAGUCUCCUGUGAAGUACUACAUCACAAAAAUUGUGUCUAGUGGAAUUUCUCAGCCACAGUAUUUUCAGAUAAAUGAGAAUAGUGGCCAGAUAUCGACCACUAGGCCAUUAGACAGGGAGAAGGGCUUCAGUUUCUUUGAUGUGGAAGUUUACGCUGUGGAAAGUUCUGGCUCUGGACCAAAGACUAGAAGUGUUCAGGUUCAAAUUGAGCUGAAGGACAAAAAUGACACACCUCCCAAAUUCUCCAAGACUGUUUAUUACAUCUCUAUGCCAGAGACCCAAAUGGUGGGCACCAGCGUUACCAAGGUAACCGUGGAGGACAGCGAUGUAAUUGGGGAGGUGACACUAAGUAUUGUGGAAGGAAAUGAUGAUGAUACCUUCAGAAUUGAUGCAUCAGGUGAAAUCACCAACCUGAAGCCGCUGGACAGAGAGCGAAAACCACACCACCAUUUGAGGGUACGAGCCAGCGAUGGCCUGCAGGACUCUCAGGCACUAGUCAGUAUUGAUCUUACCGAUAUCAAUGACCAUGCUCCACAAUUCAAAAAGUCUUCUUUUUCCUUCGACAUCCCGGAAAACACCCCGCUCUCCACAACAGUGGCCAGCGUCCUGGCAACAGACAGUGAUGAGGGAAACAAUGGUCAUGUGACCUAUGUCCUGGCGUCUGAUUGGGGCAGUGAUGUUUUUCAGCUCCACCCAACUCGUGGAACCUUUACUCUGAUUGGCCACUUGGACUUUGAACAGGUCCAGCACUAUAUCCUGACCGUGAAGGCUGUGGAUGGUGGGGAACCUUCCCUCUCCUCCAAUAUCACCUUGUAUAUGAAUGUCCUGGAUGUCAACGACAAUGUGCCUGUAUUUGACCCCAUGUCUUACCAGGGUGAGGUGUGGGAGAACGCCAGUGUCGGUACCAGUAUACUUACCACCAUGGCCACAGAUACAGACUCUGAUGUGAAUGCCAAGAUCUCUUACUCGAUUGAGUCUGGUGAUUUGAUGGGGGAGUUUUCUAUUGGCCCUUCUGACGGGAUCAUUCGCACAGCCAAGAGUCUUGACCGUGAGAGACAGGCCACUUACACCCUACAGGUGAUGGCCAAAGACCAGGCCAGUCCAAGCUCUGACAGGCUCAACUCAACAGCAGAGGUGAUCAUCCAUGUGAGAGAUGUGAACGAUGAAGCGCCGGUGUUUGUGUCUGCUAACAUUACCUGGGUGAAGGAGAAUACCGAGAUUGGGGAGGGAGUGUUCACUGUGUCAGCCAUAGAUCUGGACUCCCAGUACAACGGCCAGGUGGAGUACACACUCGUGACAACCAAUGCUCCGUUCACACUGGGACCUUCGGACGGCAUUUUGAGACCAAGGAUACUGAUUGACCGGGAGGCGAACGCCGAGUAUCAGCUGAUCAUACGUGCCUCCGAUAAAGGAUCACGAGUCCUCUCUGCGACAGCGCAGCUUAGGGUCAUGAUAGAGGAUGUCAAUGACAACGACCCGACCUUUGACCCCCGAAAUUACCAGAAAACUAUCAGUGAGGACAUCGGUGUCGGCACUAGUCUCCUUCAGGUGACGGCCACAGACAGAGAUCACGGCUUCAACGGAGUUGUCCGCUAUUUUAUCGUUGAAGGGGAUGAUAAUAUGGACUUUUCCAUGGACCAGAGCAGCGGAACUCUGCGUGUCCAGAAAUCAUUGGAUUACGAGCGCAAGAGUUCCUAUGUGCUGAAGAUCCAAGCCGAGGACAGUGGUGUUUUGGUACGCUACGACACUGCUACUGUCACCAUUGGAAUCACCGACGUCAAUGACAAUGCACCAGUCUUUUUCCAUUCCCCGUACUAUGCAUACGUUCAGGAAAAUUUGCGAAACUUGCCAGUUCAUGCGAUUCGUGUCAGCGCUCAUGAUGAGGAUUCCGAACCUAAUGGUCAGGUGACCUACACGUUGCGAGAUGGAGACCGACAGAAGUUCAACAUCGACAGCGCGUCAGGGGAGGUUACUGUGCACCAGACGCUGGAUAGAGAAGCCACUGCUGAUUAUCUUCUGGUUGUCAUAGCAACAGAUUCCGCCAGCGGGGUGUUACCAGGUACACCACCGCUGACUGGUACAGGCACUAUCAAAGUCAUCGUUCAGGAUGACAACGACAACACACCUACGUUUCAGCACCAGGAUUACUUCGGGUCAGUUCUUGAGAAUCUUGACAAGUACACAGCCGUGAUGCAGGUCAAGGCCAGUGAUGACGACGAGGGAAUGAAUGCAGAGAUAAGGUACAGUUUAGAGGAUAGUGCCGACAACCGCUUCACAAUAGAUCCCACCACAGGAACUAUUAUCACAAUGACUUCUCUGGACAGGGAAGACCAGGAUCAUUAUAACCUGGUUGUCAUAGCAAAAGACAGUGGCCUUGACCCCCGCAUGGCAACAACAAAGGUCACUAUAGAGGUGGAUGAUGCCAAUGACAAUCGGCCCCAAUUCGAAAAACCUCAGUAUUCACAGACCAUCCUUGACCCUACCGAACCAGGAAAUUUUGUUCUUGGUGUGACUGCCGUCGAUAAAGAUUCUGGACCAAACGGUAAAGUCCAGUAUGUGCUGAUAGGUCAGGACAGUGACAACUUCCAGCUGGAUCCGACCAAUGGCAUUAUAACAGCAAAGUCUCGCCUCACUGGGCGCAGCAGUGGAAAGACCUAUAGAUUUCAAGUCAGGGCCUCAGAUAUGGCUGAGAGUCCCCAGAGUGACCAGACCACAGUAAUAGUGCAGUUCUCCAGCGGUUCACCCAGUGCCAGACCACGGUUCACCUCAGAAACCACCGCACCACCACUGCUGGAAUCGGUCAGCAUCGGACAAUCUGUGAAGACAGUCACAGCAACAUCUACUCGCUCAUCUGUCAUCAAUUACUUCAUUGCUGGCGGUAAUGUUGGGAAGGUAUUCUUAGUGAAUCCCAAGACUGGGAAGGUUACUGUUGCCAAGAAGCUGGACUAUGAACUGACGCAUCGCUACAACUUGUGGAUUGAAGCAAGAGAUCUGGGCAAUCCUACCAUCUCCCAGUACCAGCCACUGGUUAUUGACAUCAGGGAUGUGAAUGACAAUGUGCCUCGCUUUGCCCAUCAGUACUAUAAUGUCUCCAUAGCUGAAGACCGUGGCGAUCGACCAUCCAAUCUAAAACGGCCGGUCCUGAGAGUCUCCGCAACAGACCAAGAUUCAGGAGAAAAUGGCCGCAUUGUGUUCAGCAUUUCCCGAGGAAACAUUGGCAAUGCUUUCCAGAUCAAUCCUGGAACGGGUGAGAUCAAAACCAAUGGGAAGAUUGACAGGGAAACUGUUGCUCAUUACUCCCUCCAGGUGGAGGCUGCUGAUCAGAGUACAACACAAAGAAACACAGCCUCGGCUUCUAUUGAUGUGUACAUUGAGGAUGUCAAUGACAACCCACCUCAGUUCACGCGGCAGUCUGCCGUCAGCAUCCCGGAGAACACUGAGGUCGGAGCGUUCAUUUUGCGUGCAACCUCCACGGACAACGACAUCGGGGAAAAUGCUCGGGUUAUCUACAGCCUGGGACAGAAUCCCGGGGGAAAGUUUCGCAUUGAUCCCGACAGCGGAAAUAUCACUGUAAAUGGUGAGCUAGAUGCGGAGGUCAAGAAUGUCUACAACAUCGAGGUCGUGGCCACUGACCUCGCCUACAGACCAUCAACUCCAGUCACUAUCACCAUACAGGAUGUCAACGACAAUGCCCCUGUAUUCAACAAGUCUGUCUUCCACUUCAACUUCAAUGAGGGCCAGAACAACAAUGCUUUCGUAGGUCGCGUCUUUGCAAAGGACAAUGACAUCACUGCGCCAAACAACCAGUUUUACUUCACCCUUGAGAGACCAUCGGCCAUUUUCCACCUGGACACCAACAUGGGGAACAUCUUUUCCCUGAAGUCUCUGUCGUUCGUCCCGCCAUUCCAAAGUCCGCCUUCAUCAAAUCAUUAUGAACUCGACAUUCUAGCAACUGACCUUGGAGUCCCACCCAAGGUGUCAAAGGCCAAGGUUAUUAUCAGCGUGGUUGAUGCCAAUGACAAUGCACCAGUAUUCGAGAAGCCUUCAUAUUUUUCGGCUGUUGAAGAAAAUGUGAAAGCCCAGGAGAUUGUUUUGUACUUGAAAGCAAGUGACAAGUUGGAUUACGGUGUGAAUGCAGAAGUGAUGUACUUCAAAGAUGGUGGCAAUGGUUCCAGUCUGUUUGAUGUUGAUCCAGAAACAGGUGCACUAAGUGUGUCAAGGUCACUGAGUGGCUUGCAGAACAGAGACCUGUAUGUUGUGGUCAAGGCACAGGACAAGGGGAAUCCCCCCAAAUCCACCUCUGUAGAUGUCCACCUCAGUGUUACAGGGGCUAACCAGAACUCGCCAAGUUUCAGCACCACCACAAAGCUGGAGAGUACUCUUCCCGAAAAUGUUUCCAUUGGUUCUACAGUGACCACCGUACAAGCUUCGGACAGAGAUCAAGGCCUUAACGGAGAGGUGAUGUAUUAUAUCACAGGAGGGAAUGACCGUGGCCUCUUCAGCAUUGACCACAAGUCUGGUGUUGUGACCGUGGCUAAAUCGUUGGACUUCGAUACUACGCCCGUUCACCACAUCAACAUUACUGCCAGAGACAGAGCUUUUCGUUCACGGGAGACAACUCUGGUCUUCAAACUUAGUUUGAUGGAUGUCAACGACAACCCACCUAUGUUCAAUCAGUCGCAGUACGACGCACACAUUCAGGAGAACUCCGCCAACGGUACCUGGGUGUUCAGGGCACAUGCAUUAGAUAAGGACAGCAGCACAAAUGCAGUCAUCGAGUACUCCAUCAUCAGUGACACGGAUGCCCGAACUAUGUUCACCAUCGAAUCACGCAGUGGCAUCAUUCGCCUCUUCGGCAGCUUGGAUUAUGAGGUGCGUAAGGAGUACACCAUGACCGUGUUGGCGCAUAAUCGUGGGGCGGACAACCUGCGUAACACGACAACGAUUGUUGUUCAUGUGACUGGGCAGAAUGAGUUCGUGCCACACUUCAGGCGAUCCCUGUACGAGUUCACCGCCAGUAAGUCUGCUUCUCAUGGAACUCCAGUGGGGUCGGUGUCUGCGACGGACAAUGAUCACGGGGAAGAUGGAAUUGUCUAUUACUUUCUGGUCGGAGCGAGUAACCUUAGAGGAUUCAAGAUUGACAUGAAGACAGGUGAUAUCACAGUGUCUGGAACAUUAGCCGGAGUGCCUUCUUCUGUCAUCAGCCUGAACGUUCUGGCUAAAAACUGGGGAAGCAUUCAAGGAAACGACACAGACAAGUGUGUGGUGCGUAUCAACAUUCAGGAGAGUCCAUCCCAGCCGUGCGGUGACUACUAUUGUCAAAACGGCGGCCAGUGCAUCAAGGCUGGCGGAGACACAGUAUGCAAUUGUCCCUCAACAUGGACAGGUCCAAGCUGUAGCAUUGACGUCAAUGAAUGCGACCACAGCCCUUGCAAGAAUGGGGGAACCUGUCACAACACUGAAGGGUCGUUUUACUGUAACUGUCUCGGCAACCAGGGUGGAGACUUGUGUGACGGCUCGCAAAAUUUCUGCCAGCCACAGCCCUGUCUCAAUGGCGGCACGUGCCAAAGCGACACCUCAGGAUACGUCUGUAAAUGCAGCUUUGGAUUCUGGGGCAAGGAGUGCGAGCGGAGUGCCUACAGCUUUGCCGAGACCUCCUACCUUGAGACGUCAUCAUUGGACACCUACCAGAAUCAGCUCUCUGUGUACUUUGCCACAGUCCAGAGCCAUGCUCUACUCCUAUUCAACCCGGGCAGUUCUCUGGCAGAGUUCCUGGCCCUUGAGAUCGUAAGUGGUAAAGUUCGUUUUUCUUACGCCGUGAACGGUGCAGUGGCUCCCACCAGAUUAGAAGUGCCUGUGGAUGUGUCAGACGGCAGGUGGUACAAAGUUCAGGCCAACAGAGGACAACAGACAAGCUCUUUGAAGGUGACCUUGUGUCCAAACUCUGGAUUUGAUUGUGAGGAUUGCCGUAAUGGAGACUCGACCUGCCAUGCCACAGCUCUGUCAUCAGGAUUAUUUCAUGCUGGGGGUAACAAAUUGUCGGUUUGUGGAGUGCGUAACUUUAACCACAUCCUGGAGCGUGCCGGCAAGGUGGAAACCUUUAACUUCAUUGGCUGUAUGAGAAGUGUUGAGGUCGAAGGUCAGGACAUUCUCCUGCCUAUCAACAUUGACCGUGAUGGCCAGGCGGUAACUCCCGGGUGUGGGAGAGCUUCCAGUGAACAGUGUGGAUCGGUUUCGUGCAGUGAUCGUGGAGUCUGUGUGGAUGAAUGGACCUCUGUUCGCUGUGUCUGUAACAAGGGCUAUGCCGGAGAGCAGUGUGAACAUGAUUGGAAACCCAUCAGCUUUGGCAGUAAUUUGGUGGUCAGUUACAAAGUGAGGGAAAGUUACCGACGACAGCAGUUACUGACCAAUGCCAUCCAGGGGUCAAGGAGAAGACGUGCUGCUGACCAGAACAGUCUGUCUGUCCGCUUCAUGACCAGUGCCUUGUCCGGCCUUCUAGUUUACGCUUCUGGUUUGGAGAAGUUUGGAGCCCUGCAUGUCCAGAAUGGAGGAGUGGUGUUUACAUACAAAGUCCCUGGAUAUGGGGAGGAGUUGAUCAGAGCUGAAGGGGUAGAGGUGACCAACGGGGAAUGGCACGAGGCCAAGGUUGCUCUGACAGGUGAUAUGUUUGAGUUGAGUGUUGAUGGUUCAGUGAAGAACACAUCUCACCCUGCUCUACCUUAUGAUCUCACCGGUGCAGAUAUGCUGAAGCUCUCACUAGGGGGAGCCCCAAGCACAUUCCUCGUGGACAGACAAAAGGCAGAAGGUUUUACUGGAUGUAUUGAGGAAUUUCUGAUGGAUGGAGAGUUGCUUCCCUUUAGUGGACAGACAGAUAGGUUUACCAUAGAAGUGAAUGGUGAUAACCAAUCAUCAGACAACAGUUGUCCCGGAGCGGGGUGUCCAGACUCCUCUGUGUGUGCCGCAGCCAAGGAGAACCCUGGCGGUCUUAACAUUGGAAUCAUCAUUGUCAUUGUUUUCUUCGCUGUCCUCAUUAUCGUCAUCAUCAUUGUGUUUGUGGUGUUUCGUCGCCGUGGGAUGCUAUGCUGGAAAUCCAAGCUAUCUGAUGAUGGCCGUGUCAAGCAGAAUGGUACAACAGGUGUCAAGCACGGCAACGACACAGGUGGUAAUCGUAGUCAGGAUUCUGGUUACUCCGGGGAUAAUAACGAACUUACCGAUGAGGCCAUCAUCCGUAAUCACAUUACAGAAGAGCUCACAAUGACACAGAGCCGAAAACGCGGAGCGGAUAACUCUGAUCUUCCGCGGCCAGAUAUCAUAGGAUCUGAUGGACGUGUCACUAUGCCCUUGCCGCUGGAGAUCGAUGACGGCACAGUUAUCAUUGAGAAUGGAGAUCUGUCCCACAUCCCUCAUGCCAGUGAGGACGUCCCCGAGCACUAUGACCUUGAGAAUGCCAGCAGCAUUGCGCCAUCAGACAUUGACGUGGUCACACAUUACAAGGGCUUUCGUGAUGGCAAAGUCCACAAGUACAAGACGAACCCACACGUGCCUAACUACCACAAACAUCAGCAAUCGAAGUAUCCGUCCGGGGCGCGUAGCAGUCCCAUGGCCCACUCAGUGGGCGGUCAGUCUCGUGGUAGCCCAGGGUUUCCAAACCACCCGACUGUGGGAAUCUUGGGGAGUAGCUCCGCCAGGAACAGCCCACUGACCAUGAACAAUCUUGCUCGCAGUAGUCCUGCUCCACAAAGUGCAAGGACCACACCGUUAAAUCCACUCUCCAGGCCUAACAUAGCUUCUAGUCCACACAGCCGCAGCACACCGCUCUCACCAGGCAGAAGGACAGACUCUGAGCACAGUAUCAGCUCUAGUUCCACAGGGCACCAUCACCCCAAGGGUCCAGGGUCUCGUAGCAGGCCUGGCAGCAAAUCAUCCGACCCUUACCGUAUAUACCCAAGUAAACCUCCACCUUUCAAAGGUCUCACAGUGGAAGAGGUUGACCGGUUAAAUGCUCGUCCACGGGGAAAUAGCCCUGUUAGCAUGUUGGAUGCUGUGUCUUCAACCAGCGACGAUAAUGUCAUGUUCAAGUUGAAGGGGUCACAUCAGCCUCCGCCUCAGUGCACCUUGUUGGAGCCACCAGACUCCACUACUGACGAGAGUGCCAAUGACUCUUUCACAUGUUCGGAGUUUGAGUACGACAACGACAAAGUGCGUAAUGACUUUGAUCCCGGCAUGAUGAUCUUCUCCAAACUGACCGAGGUGGAGAAUGAGAAUGAUGACCAUUCUCCAGAGUCCCGCGGAUUUGGCGAGGAUGGCCGGGACUCGAGAGGUGACUCAUACAGCACUCUCCCCUCCUCUGAGGAGGAUCGCUUCAGGCCACAAAAACCACUCAGUGGCACUUUUAACUGGGACUAUUUGCUGAACUGGGGCCCAAGUUUUGAGAAACUUGUGGGUGUGUUCAAAGACAUUGCUCUGUUGCCAGAUGCAGAAAGUGCAUCUGAGCCGCAGGACCUCAGCGCUUCGGGAAAACCCAAUCAAGAGGAGUACGUAUGACAAUUACCAUAUGUCUAGUGCGGCAGUAUUGCUGGGGUGCUGGGGAUAUACAGGUUUAAACUGGUUCAUGCCAGAUCAUACCAGUUGAGUGAGUGUGUAAAUGUGUGAAUGCAAGGAGCUUGGUGUGACUUUGGCAUAAAAUGCUGCUGUUGUGUAUGAGAAUGUGUGAACAGUCAGUUAUCCUAUCCCAGACCCUCCAGUGAUACUGUCUUGUUAGGCAUCUGGUAAGAAACUCGAACAAUCAACAAUUAUGUCAGGAGAUUUUUUUUAUAUCGUCAUUUUGUAUCGCAGAGGAAUAAGAAAUCAUGAAUUUUUUCAAAUUGACUCAUUUAUACGUAUUCCUCAAGAUAAUUUAUUACAGUCCUGCCCAUGCGUUUCAUUGAUAAUUUGUACGUGGUGCAUUCUUGUGAUUAACAUUUAUAUUAUAGAGACUCUAAUAUUUUACCACACCUCAUUAUAUGUGAAUGAGCCACCCUGUAGAUAUUGAUCGUCUCUUAUUUCUCAUGUAUUCUGUACAGUUGUACCGCAUUUUCACUGCCCAUUAGUAAUGGGUUCAUAUAUUUACGACUGUAAAAAAAAAAAAAAAAAAAAAUCUUGAAAGAUGGGUGGCAACUAAACCAUUGUUCUGUUGAGGUCAGUGUCAGUUAAGACAUAUUUGUUUGUUGUAAAAUGCUUCAUGCUGGUUUGUUUGGACUUCUAGUUUAGUCUAUCUUGAUCAGUUAACAAAAAAAGUGAGCUUGUAUUAUUGCUCUGGGUUAAUUUUGGAUACUUCUCAGAAUUCAUAGAGGAUCUGGAGCAGUUCAUUCAAAAGCAAGGAGAAAAGAUCUGAAAUAUCUUGGUAAUAUAUGUGACAUGACUGUUUCGUCAGUGUUCAUCAAGGGCUGUAUUCUCAUAUGUUUUAGUUUUACAGGUGUGUCUGGUGUUAUUGGGACAUUUUUUACAAAACUGUAUGCAAAUAUUCCUACAUUUAUAACAUUGUGCAUUUGGACUAUUCGGAUGAGAUGAUUCUCACAUGUGCAGAAGACUACUCGGGCAUGGAUUUGUGGCGGACAAAACUCUGGAGUGAAUAAACAUGAUUAAAAGCUUCUGUCUUCACAUCAAAAUUUCAAAGACACUGAAAUAAUCGUGACAGUAAUUUUGGGAAAUGCUCACUUUUAUGGAAGGUUUUGUAAACUCUGUGUUUUUCAGUUAAUAGUUUGUCUUGAAUGUCUCCAUACUGUUUUGUCUGAUAUCAGUUUUUUUUUCAAAGAUCAAUGCAAUGUCUUGUCAUCAGAUAUCCAUACUUCAUCAUAUGAUGGUCUCAAGACUGUCUUGUCAUCAGUGUAUGCCAGUUAUGAUGACCUGUAAGCUCUUUUGUCAUCAGAUAUCAGUAGUUCAUGAAAAUAUAUACACCGUCUUCUCAUCGGAUAUCAGGGUUUUUAUGGUUACAGCAAAUAAGUGAAUGAAAGUCUCUGAAAGCGAAAGUGAAAGCGUCAGACAUCUAAAGUGCAGUGUGUUUGUUGUAUGGGUGUAUGUGUAGAUCUAGUGAAACUGUGAUGAGAUUUUGUGUACUACUUAAGUGUGAAAGGUGUAACCUCUGUGAAUGGAGCUAGGUGUCUGGGUGUGCUAAGCCAUCGCCAUAUAUACUCAUACUUUUAUAUGUGUAAGAUAUUCUUGUAUACUAGGUAUACCAUUAAGAUUUAUAAUCUUCAUUCACAUGUACCUUCCUCCAGCAAUUGAUUUUGUAAGUUAUAUAGCAAAUUUUGUACAGGAGAAAUAAAAAGCCAUUGUAUAAUAUCCUUUUAUAUGCAUUGUAUUAAAUCCAUCCAUUUUAUUAAAAA